AUGCCGCAGGCCAACAAGACUGAGGGGUUCCUGCCCCGUCCCCAAUGUGCAUCCUGUUAUCGCCAGGUGACAUCAUCGCAGCUCGCGCUGGACACCCUGCCAAGCUUAUUCAAGGCGCUGGCUGAGGCGGGCAAGGGCUUCGCCCUGCAGGACUACAACCCGCUUACCCACAGCAUGGCGGUGGAGGAGGGGCAGGCGGUGCUGCGCCUGCCAGCGAUGGUGGAUGACACGGCGUGCACCAUCUUAUUCGAGUCUGGGCUGCACAAGUACAGCGCAAAGUGGCGGGUCAAGCAUGUGCUGGCCCUGGUCAUCUGGGCGCUCUUCGGCGGCGGCCUCGGGCUCACGGUGCCGGGCACCAAGGUCAGCGGCGCCCAGCUGCUCAGCGAGGCGCGCGAGCGCGCCCCGGCGGAGCAGCAGCAGCAGGCCGGCCCGCAGCAGCCGGACGCAGCCGUGGGCCGCGACGGUGCCGGCCCCUCAGCAGCGGCCGGCACGGCCGGCACCAACAUCGGCGGCAGCGGCGGCGGCGGCGGCAAUUACGGCAGUGGCGGCACGGGCUGCAUGGACCCCCCAGACUCAGGCACAACAGCGGCGGCCAAGCUCAAGAAGCCGGGGAAGGGGUCGCGGGCUGCAAGGCGCCCGGCAAAAGCGGCCACGCCUCUCGCCAAGCCGGGCUCAGCAGCGGCCGCGCAGCCGGUGCCCGCUGACGAGGCUGGCGGCACACAGCAGGGAGUCCGUCGCGCGCAGUCGCAGGCGACUGCAGCGGCAGCUGCAGAGGGGGCGGCGGCGGCGGCGGCAGCCUUCGAGGCAGCAGCGGCCGACGCCACGUGGUGCCGCGCACACGCAGCCGAGGUUGAUGACGAGGUGCUGAUAGCGGCGGCGGCGGCGGCCGCAGAGGCCGAGGCGGAGGCGGCGGCGGCGGCCGCUGUGGCCAAGGUGUAUGCGGAGUGGGACGCUGAGGUGGCACGCCGCUGCGCUGCGGAUGCCGCCCUGGAUGCCCCCAGGAGCGCCGAACCUGAUGAGGACGCCCGGCCGCUGGGGACGCAGCAGCAGCAGCAGCAGCAGCAGCAGCAGCAGCAGCAGCAGCAGCAGCAGCAGCUCCCGCUCGCCGCACGCGGCGGGCUCGAGGGGCCUGCCACCAGCCAGGCGGGCGUAGCAGGCGCGGCGCGACAGGGUGGCGUGGAGCCAAUGAGUGGUGAGCGGCUGAUGACGCGUGCCAGGGCUCAAAAAACGCCGCCAGCUGCGGCGGCCGCCGCGCCAGGUCCCGCCGCUGCAGUCGCCCCCGUGCGCAGCCAGGCAGGCGCAGCAGGCGCGGAGCAGCAAGGCGGCGUCGACGCGAAGGCUGGUGAGAGGCUCGUGGCGCGCGGCAGGGCGCACAAGACGCCGCCCGCUGCGGCCGUCGCGCCAGGCCCCGCCACGGCAGUCGUCCCCGCGCACAGCCAGGCGAGCGCGGCUGCGGCAGCGCUGGGCGGGAAUGUGGGGGCCGCCACGGGGCUGGCAGCCGGCAUCCGCAGCCGCGUCGCGAGCACCAGCGGCGCAGCCGGCGCCUUCGAGGAGUCGGGGUCUGAUGUGGCCUCGCCGCCCAAGGACACUGCACCCAUCGCGCCGGUAGCGGCGGCGGCGGCGACGCGCAACGCGGCCCGCAGGCAGUGA